UAAAGUUAGUUUGUUCUCAGACUGCGGUGCAAAAUGUUCGCCAAAAUCCGUUACGCUUGGAACCGUGGGUGCGCUUGGUGGUCGACCAAAAUCAACCAAAUUCGCCAAUAUUUCUCCGACGAGGGAGCUGCUGGCGAUUGCUUUUGGUGGACUGAUGUGUUAUUAUUACUCGGAGGAGUCCUAAACGUCCACACGUCGAAUUGGAUCCACGAGCGUAAAAUUCGGAUCAUUUUCCAAAGUUUGUCAGUUUACACCGUGUAUGUUUUCUAUCUUCGGUUGUAUGAAGCCUUGCAUGAAAAAAAGGAUGCAUCUUCGUUAAUUAUGGAAAUCACUAAGGUCACAAGCAUCAGCAUUUCGUGCUUGAGAAUGGUGGCAGCAGCUUUUCUUAUUAAAGUACUCAACACUAUUCGAAGUUUUGUCUUGAGCAAUUCGAUCAGUUCUGGAGACGUGGAAUAUGAUGAACGCGAGCAAAAUAACUUCAACAGAUUGGCCAAAAGAGCUAUUCAAGUCAUUUUCAGCUGGAUUACUGCGGAUACAAUUUUCUUUUUGAUUCCAAGUUCAACCAAAGACGAUUUGUUCCAAUUUCCCGUCCCAUCAUUCUUGAUCGGGGAAAAGGCUUCAAAGAUCUUAAAUAUGAUUUGCGUUACUUCUAUACCUGCGUCUAUUCUGCCUAAAACGAUUAGUUGCACCACCUGCAUUGGAGUUAUGUUGAUUGGGAUGCGCACAAAACUCCGGGUGCUGGCACAUCGCUUUGAACUGAUUUCCCAUCAGUCAAUUUCCAACGAAGACCAACUCUACGAACGUAUUGACAGAGAUCUGCGAGAGUUUUUGACCCAGCAUCGGAUGUAUUUGAGCUAUUUGAAGAUUUCAAAAGACUUGGUAGGAAAAGCCUUUUUGCUCGUGCACUACUUUUCCAUAUUCGCCAUUGGAGCAUUGCUGUAUGCCUGUCACGAAAUAGAGAGGAGUUUUAUGACGGUUGUAUUCGGAGCCGCUGUUUCGUUCUUUCUAUCGGAGUACUAUUUGUUGUGCUAUCUGAUCGAUUCUUUGCAGGACGAGGCGGACUCUAUUGAACAACAUAUUUUCGAACUUGGCAUAAAUCUACCUUUCAGACCGGAACGUCGCUCCGAGUAUGUCCAAUUGCGGACUGCCCUUAUGAUCAUCUGGAUGAACACUCGUAACGGAAUAACGAUGAAUUGCAUGGGAAUAUUUGAAAUUAACACACCCAAGUUUUUGUCUUUGAUUAACGUUGCCUAUUCGGUUUUGACAUUUUUGAUCAAAAUGGAAUGAAUUAUUGUUAAAUGUUUUGAGAUAUUUAUAUGUUAAAUGGCACCCUAGAAACUUUAAGUAAAUAGUAUAAUGUUAAGGGAAAUUGUUUCAUAUCCUUGUUAUAUAAGCAUUAGGACAGAUGGAUGGAAAUUAUCGGACAAUUUUAAAAAGGAACAAAAAUUCUCAUUAUUUAAAUGAAUCACAUUUUUUACUAGUGCUCUGUAAAGGAAUAUGACACAAAAUAAACGUUUAAUAGUUUGACACAAACAAUUUCAGAUUUUUUGCAGGAAAUAUAUUUUGUUUUGUAAGAUUAAUUGCACCAUUACCAGACAAGUUGAACCUAACAGAGUAAGCUAUUCAGUUAUAUGUUAAGAAUACUGCAAUUUUACUCAUUAUUGGAUAAAUGUUUUUAGGUGUAUAAUAGUUAUUUAUGCAACAAGUUACAAAAUAAAAAAAUGACUUCUGUUGCAUACAACAUGUUUUGCACAUACAAAAAAUACCGUUUGAGUUAGAUCAUUCCUAACACAAUCAUAUUUCAAGAGAAUCCACAUGGCAUCCAUGCAUUAAAGCGACUCGAUAUUUUUCAAUCAGGUACGCUGUGAUGCAGUAGUAUGACUAUAGACAUGAUAGUUGCAAAUUUUCACGCAUCACCCGAAAUCAAAGUGAUGUACGUAUAUUCUAAAUUCGUGAACGGCCAAGGUAUGAUGCCU